GUCAGCGCCUACAAACCACGACAUAAAGGCACGCAGGGGAUUUCUUCUCCUUACCCAAAUUCACUUUUUGUUCAGGCAUUUUCCGCUGUGUUGUGUUGUUCACGGCAAGCAAGUCAAGAUGAAUGUUCGCGUGUGGCAAGUGACCUUGUCAGUGGUCUUGGCCGGUAUCCUGGUCGCCACAGCCGUCAGAGCCAGCAGUGGCAAUGAUUGCUGCACUGCCAUCGUCAGGGGUCUUCAUGGCUUCGUCUGCGCUCUCUGGUUCGGAACGGCUGCCUGGGGAGCCAUCUUCCAAGGUGUACUGAUGCUGGAGAUUCUCCCCCGUCACCACUUUGGCAACCUGCAGUCUCAGGUCAUCCCGAUCAUGUUCCAGUUUGGCAACAUCUGCAUGGGAUUGGCCAUCGCCACUUUCCUCCACCAGCACCCAGUGGCCACUUUGAACGGAGAGGAAAUGGUUCAACUCAUCGUUCUGGCAGUCAGUCUGGUCACCUCCAUGCUCAACAACGUCUGGUUCCUGCCCAACGGUACACGCAUCAUGCGCGUAUGCCACAAGAUGGAGAAGGAGGUCGGUGAGGGCCAUGCUAUCCGCUUCUUGGACAUGAAGAAAUUCGAGGGUAAUGCCAAGUACACUGCCCUGCGCAAGGAGUUUGACUUCUACCAUGUCGGCACCCAGCUGACCGGCGUCAUCUCUUGUGCUUGCGUCGCCUAUCGCAUGGCCUACAUCUGCAGCCGCUACGCCAUCUAACUUGGCGCACAAUUGGACUCUUCGCAGCAGUCUGAUCAAUUAUUUUAAGGCUUUUACCACCGUCGGGAGCUAGCUCACCUAACUCAAGUGUCCGGCUGAUUUCCACAUCCUAUCAUCAGUCUUGUCGUAUUGCUUUUCGCAUUUGCUUAUACCAAUAUUAGUGUUUCACAUGCAGAAGUCUAUCACCAGGAAUAGAGAUUUAGAGACUCCCACGGCAGAAAUUUUAAUUAUACCCUACCA